AUGCAUACCUUGUUCACUUUCGCAUAUUUGGCGAUAUUUUCCAUGGCUUGGCGCUCUGCCAGUGCCGCAAUGCAGUGCAGUACCACUUUCAAUGCUGUCUCAUUAGGCCCAGGAAAGAUAGGUUGUCAAGUCAGAGGAAAACACUAUUCCUGCAAAGCAGAAGAUUGUUGGGUAGAUGAUCCGCCACCAAGAGCAGAUUUAAAAUAUAACGUUGCGGAUCACAUUGUCUUCAAGGAUUGUCACAAGUAUAAAGACAAGUUUGGGGAUUCCAAGCAAGAGAAAGCUGAAUUCCGUGUUCAAGCCUCGCGGUAUUGGAUGUAUCGCGAAAAACAACAUGCUAAUGUGAUCGGGCACGUCAUUGGGGAAGAAAUCCCAAAAGAGCUGCCAGGAUUCAGAUGCUAUGCCCAGGAAACCUCAUUGCCAGAAUGCCUACCUCAAUCUUGUCAGUUGGUGGAAAAUGCCAAUUGGUGA